CAUAUAAGGCUCGCUCUGGCCUUUCCAGUGGCCGUUGCUAGUGCUUUCAGAUGAGCACUUCACUGCUGGUAGUCUUCUUCAUCCUUACAAGGGCGGCCGUCGCCGAGGAUGCAGCUCCACCACUCAUGCAGCCUAUACAGGAUUUUCCUCCCGCGUUUGAUCCUCCUCCGCCUCCACAGCAGGACGGGGCUUCCACGGUUCGAAUUUUUAACAAGGCCAACCCCUCGCUCUCGCUAACCGGUUUGUGGAAUGGGAAAGUGGUGAUGACGCUUGGAAACGGGACGAUGCCUUACCAGCAAUGGUUUGUAGAUACUUCGUGGGGGACGAGAUUCACAGACGCGGUUGGCUACAAGGCCUUCAUGCUGGUGAACAAGGCGACUGGCAUGAUACUCCGGCAUGGCUACUUGGAAAACUCCGCGGUGAGUUGCGGGAUCGUGAAGGGCGACUUGGUGGAUAGCUUGUGGACGAGAGGCCCCGACUUACAGGGAUUCCACACCAUCAGAGCUUGCAGCAAAGUGGAGCUGAUAAUGGACGUGGAGCGCGCGGACUUGAAGAAGCACAUACUCUUGAAAGAAGGAUGCAAAGUGGUGAUGUUUAAGAUGAGCCAGGAAGAAACACAGUACUGGAGAAUGGAAGCCAUAGUUUCAUCGAGCUAAGGAAUGAAAAAUUAUAGAUUUUGGAGUAA